GAUGUGUUCUAGUGGUGUCGUUAAACAAAACAAACCUUUUUAAAAACUAACUGAAUUAAUACUACUUUGAAUAUCUGUAGCCUAGAUGUAAACAAACUAACUCUUUUUGUUUAUUGUUAAGGCGCCGCCACGCAAAUGUCUCCUACGAGAAUAGUCACCAGAUUAGCUGAUAGUAGCCGAGCAGGGGCUUAAUAACUUAAAUUACGCCUCGGGUCGACACAUUACCUGAACGCCACAGUUAAAACAGCGUAUGAAUUAAUUUUAUUUGAUAUCUGAAAUUGAAAUCUAGAAACUCGUACCGAAGAGAACUUUACAACUAUACACACGUCCAUCAAUCGAUUUUCACUCAACUUAAAAACAAUGAACUAAAACAGCGUUUUAAAACUUUUUAGCCAGCGUCACUUCCCAAUUUUAUUGAACUACUAGUUAGCUCAACUGGUCAACAUAGACAAAAAAAAGAAAAAGAAAGAAAAGAAAAAAGACAACAAAAAAAAAGAAAAAGAAAAAAAGUUAGUUUGUUUUGUUUAAUGACAUCACUAGAAGGUCAACAUAGACAGGUUUAACAGCACCUCGACAGUACGAAAGGUGGAAUACUCCGAUCAUUACUCCGGAUACCCCGAUUACUUGAUUCGAACUUGAACCGUCCGAGGACGCGUAGCAAAUACAAUGAACAGUCCAUCAUUGUGAAGAGAGAAAGCAAAUGUUCGCUUAUUUAUUUUCACGGUGUAGUAAUAUUCAUGAACAAUCCAAGAAAUUUUGUUAGCAAGGAAUAGCACGCCACCAUGGAUAAGCAAUACUCGGUGCAGUUCUUCACGUCUCUGGUGGAGUCCAUACAGAAGUGUUGUCGCGACUUCCUUGACUUCGACCAGGCCGUGGAGCUGAGCGGCUAUCUCAACCUGGAGAUUGACAACUUCAAGAAGGAGCGCUACGUGCUCAGUGAGAUGAUCAGCAACACGGGGGAUGUGAUCAGUGAGAGCUACUGCACGAAGGCCUUCAAGACUGUCCAGAGAAACCCACGCCGCUCGCCUCCCCCGUCACCACCACGUGCCAACAGUGUGCUUAAAGACAGCUCCAAUCACUUGGACAGAAACCGAGCUGGUGGCGUCGGGGAAAGGGGGAGCCCUGCCCCCCAGGCAGGGAAACGUCAUUUCGGUUUGUCACAGAGACAUCAUUAUCUGUCACCGUUUCAUCCUGGCAGGAGACGCAACCUCAUUCAGAGUAGGAGAAGCGUACCGUCGUCAUUCACACAAAGUUCAUCAUUCACACGCAGUUCACCAUCACAAUCAAAGGACUCUCAGCCGUAUGAUAUUCAGGCACGCACAUCCAUGGCGAUGACGUUUAGUCCAUCUACUGAAGUGGUUGCUUCACUGUCUCAAAGCUUUUCGGUGUUUGGGAAUGACUCAUUACCAUCAGGUGCUGUCAAAUCUGAUGUGUCUGGUUUGGAUGAUUCCGACCGCAGUAAAGAGAAAACAUCGGGUGAUCUAGAAGCUUUAUAUGUGGCAGCAACAAGUGUUUCGGACUUGGAACAGUCGGUCUUUCCUUCUGUUAGCAGCAACAUUUACACAAGUGUUACACAGACUAGUGCCGAGAGUGUCAAUACGGGCACAGCUUUAGAGACCGCGGCCUCGUACACUGAGUCAGCAGGUUCGUACGCCGAGACAGUUCGUCUUCCCGUGCGCAUAAAGGAAGAGGAGGAAGAAAACGAUGAUGAUGACAUUAUGUUUAUAGAAGGACCGACUGACAUUUCUGGUACGGGUGGUUCGACUGUGAACACGUCAGAUUCCAAUGUUGACAUUUCACACCCCGGCAUGCAGAGUCGUCUGAGUUCGUCAUUAUCAGAUGCGCAGCAGCAUGUUGGGGAAGACAGAAGUGGUGGGGAAGACAUGAAGACACUGAAGACGAAGACAGGACUAGAACAAAGAGUUGCUGUGAAACCUAACCCACCAGCUUUUCCCUCUCAAUGGCUGCCAUCCAGCAGUGCAGACACUUCAUUUCACACCAUACAGCCAGGGUCACAGGGUCUGACAGGAACUCGCUCCCAUGAUGCCUCAUCGUUAUUCAUUUUGCCAGACUAUUACGACUUGAAAGGAAAUCCAUCAUCAUAUCAGAACUGUAACAUGAAGGUCUUCAAAUGUGAUCUGUGUGGGUACGAAGCCACCAGGAAUUACAAUCUAACCAGACACAUGCGUACGCACACUGGAGACCGACUGAGGUGUCCCUUGUGUGACCGGACGUUCAUUGACAACUACAAGCUGAAGUACCACAUGAAGAGCCACAGUUACAUAAAAGGUGAAGCGUUGUCUGAAGGAUCUUCAUUCGUGGAUGAAGCAGACGUGGAGCAUAUGGACAUGCAAGAUGGCUGUGGACAUCCAUCUAGAAAUCAUGAACAUCACACUGGGUCAUCAUAGGAUUAUGCUCUUCUCUCAUUUCUAAAGGACAACUGUUACACUUUUGUUAACUAAAAUAGGUUCAGACAUGUUUUUAAGUCAGUACAUGGGACAUACAACACAAUGCCUUUUUGAAUACAGUGGUCCUAACCUUCAGGUUAAACUGCAAUCUUAAUUAUCUGACCGUGUAUACUCUCAGUGUGUUUAAUAAUUAUGUAUUUUGAAUAGAUCAUUCAGUUAGUUUAUUCCUGUCAUACACCAUUAGUUUAUUUCUGUGAUGCACCAUUAGUUUAUUUCUGUGAUGCACCAUGCUUUGAUCUCAGUUGGCAUCUACCUAUAUAUAUAUCCAAGUUAGGUUCAUAAAAAUGUGUUAGCUAUUGUGAAACAGCAAAAGCGUCCCACUUUGAGUUCAACCAUUUUUUUAAAAAUGAAGUUGAGACUCUUAGGCUCAAUAUGUUACAUCAAAGCUUUUCAUCAUCAAUACUUAUUUAUGAAAACACAUGUUUAUAGACAUUUACAAAUGUAGUAUUGUUGUGACAUUGAAGCUGAAAAAUAUGCAGAUAUAUAUGGGAUAUAAGGAAUUUACCUUUGAAAAAGUUCAGGUUGCCUAGAUUUCCACGUUAUCACAAACGUUUGAGGAACAAAUCAUCAACUGUUACCCUACCUCAUUCUGGUUGACUCAUCAAAUUAUUAGUUGUGUAUUACAAUUUACAUUGUAUAUAGAAAAGAGCAAGUAAAGAGAACUCAAAGAAUACAACAUUCUCCACAGAAAACUCAGUCUUAAAAAUGCCAGCUCUUCUUAGUUAUGUGCCUUUGAAAAUAUCCACUAGUAUAUGCAUGUAUGCAUUUAGAAGUAUCACUACUGACUUGUAACAUUUGAAAAUAUCCACUAGUAUAUGCAUGUAUGCAUUUAGAAGUAUCACUACUGACUUGUAACAUUUGAAAAUAUCCACUAGUAUAUGCAUGUAUGCAUUUAGAAGUAUCACUACUGACUUGUAACAUUUGAAAAUAUCCACUAGUAUAUGCAUGUAUGCAUUUAGAAGUAUCACUACUGACUUGUAACAUUUGAAAAUAUCCACUAGUAUAUGCAUGUAUGCAUUUAGAAGUAUCACUACUGACUUGUAACAUUUGAAAAUAUCCACUAGUAUAUGCAUGUAUGCAUUUAGAAGUAUCACUACUGACUUGUAACAUUUGAAAAUAUCCACUAGUAUAUGCAUGUAUGCAUUUAGAAGUAUCACUACUGACUUGUAACAUUUGAAAAUAUCCACUAGUAUAUGCAUGUAUGCAUUUAGAAGUAUCACUACUGACUUGUAACAUUUGAAAAUAUCCACUAGUAUAUGCAUGUAUGCAUUUAGAAGUAUCACUACUGACUUGUAACAUUUGAAAAUAUCCACUAGUAUAUGCAUGUAUGCAUUUAGAAGUAUCACUACUGACUUGUAACAUUUGAAAAUAUCCACUAGUAUAUGCAUGUAUGCAUUUAGAAGUAUCACUACUGACUUGUAACAUUUGAAAAUAUCCACUAGUAUAUGCAUGUAUGCAUUUAGAAGUAUCACUACUGACUUGUAACAUUUGAAAUAUGGAACAUCAACUUGUUGACAGCUUUAAUGUACAGAGAAUACAACUUUAGUUUUCUCUAUAUAUCAUUUUUACCAAACGAGUGAACUGCCCCUUUUUGUAUCUGACCAACAAAAGUGAGGUUAUAUCAAGGGAAGUUCACGAGUUUUAUAAAAAUGUUAUCUAGCAAAAACAAGUGUGGUGUUUUAUUUAUUACCCACCAUCAAAUAAUGUAAAAUUUGACAAUUAGUUUGAACUUUACUGAACUAGACAUGCGAAUGCUCACAGCUAAGACCAGUGAAGAUGGCGUCACUAACCUUGAAUUGUUUCAGUAUAGUCAGGUCAGUUCUGUGAUUGUGAUCAAAUGUAUAUAUAUGUUUUAUUGUGCUAUUCAUACAUGUAUGUGAACAUACUUGGCUAGGUAUCAACAAAUUCUCAAUAAAAUUUACUAUUGUAUAUACUUUGUACACAUAACUUAAUAAACUAAAGGUGGAA